CUACUUGGGCACGGUUGUUGUUGGCUCGGAUACGCACCAACACACCAGCGCACGGUGGAAAGUGGAAAAGUGGCGGCAAUGAGGCCACAGUGACAGCGAGCAGUGUUCGGUUUUCUGGUGUUGUGCUUAACGCAUUGUGAAAAGGUGGCCGUUUCCCUGCUAGCCAGCCAGCAAACAGAUUGCUUGCCGCGCUACAACCCGAUAUCUACCCGAAGAUCCCCGAUCCAGGUUGGAUUGGAUCGCGUGUGUCAGCGAAUAAUCAUCAACGACUGUGCAGACUGGGAAGAAGUCAGUGCGACGACGUUACGCGAGACACGUGCACGACGCGGCUUGCACAAACAGGCGUGUAAGGUAGCGACGAGUAAUUAAAACGACACCGCGGUUCCGCCGAUUAAUCCGAAUACACUUCACUCAACUAUCUGCAAGCAACCCUUGUCUAAGCGUCUAAGUCUACGCGUCACAGUGACACUUCUUCUCGACUCGAGUUCGAUCAACCUGAACAGUGGCUUGCAAUAGGACACCCUCGGGCCAGCUUUCAGGAGAGUUCGGGAGGGGAUCGUACGGUGGUGAGUGGUGCGAACGAUUAUCGUGAGCGGAAACGAUACAUGAGACAGCCAAGCUAGCAGAGUUGCACAUGCGAGAAAGGAGACAGCUUCUGCGCAUUGGGACGGAUUGUGGGUGUUUGACGAGCGGCCCCGAAUAAGGAGGAGAACAAAUUAACAGCAUCGUCUGCGUGGACCACUAGGCGAGAGAAUGGAAAAGCUGAAAGCUGCCAAGAAGGUAGCCCCGGACGGUGGCUGGGGCUGGAUGGCAACGUUCGGCGUUAGCUUGGUGAAUUUGGCAACUCGCUCGAUUGAACCGUCGUUUGGGCUGCUGUUCGGCGAUCUGCUGACCGAUCUGCAGGUCGGUACAACCGGUGCCGCCGUCAUCAUCAGUGCGCUCGAUGUGAUGAUGAACUUCUCCGGUCUGUUUGUCGGACCCCUGCUCAAAGAGUUCUCCUAUCGGAAGGUGGCGAUUGCUGGUUCGCUGCUGUGCUGGAUCGGCCUGGCCCUUACCUCACCCGCCACUAGCAUGGCGCACAUUCUAGCCACCUACAGUGUGAUCAAUGGGAUCGGCGUUGGAUUGGCAACAUCGGCUGCGUUCGUGGCGCUUAAUCACUACUUUGCGAAGAAGCGAGGGCAGGCUGUCGGGCUGUCGAUGGCUGGUACUGCCCUCGGUAUGCUGAUCAUGCCGCAGCUGGUUCGUAUUCUGCUGGAGCUGUACGACUUCCGCGGUGCCGUGCUCGUGCUGAGUGGUAUGGCACUGCACGCAACGGUCGGUGCGAUGCUGCUGCAGCCCAUCAAAUGGCAUCUGCGCGAGGAGGAGGUGGACAUCGAGAUGGUAGAGGCGACACCGGCGAUGGGCAUCAUAUUGGAACAGGAAGAUGACGGGGAUAACGAUUCGCUGCCAGAGAUCAAAUCGCUCCUCUUCCCGCGCCGCAUCGGCAGUGAACGGAAGCACUCUGACUCGGGUACGAUCGCCGGCAGCGGGUCGGCUGGUUUGGCCGGAGGAGCGACGGCUGUGGGGGCAGGAACAGUGAAUGGUUCCGGUGGUUUGCCGGGUGGCCCGAUCGGCCUACCAAAGCGGCCAACCUUUCCACGCAUUACCUCCAGCGUUAGCAUACAGAAUGGCCCUCCGAGUGCGGGUGCGCUGGGCAUGCGGACGAGACCCUCCUUCCCACGAAUCGCCUCAACCGCCAGCAUGGGUCUGGCUCUGCGGAAGCGCCGCGAGUCCGUCGUUUCGCAACUGUCUACACUCGACUUCACGGGCAGUGGAAGUUGCAUGCACAUUCAUGUCGAUACCGGAGACGCUGAUGCGGAGGACGUGGACUAUCAAAUAAUCCGGCGCGUCAACACGCACGUGGGCGUAUCGUUGAACUCAUUCGCUCGAGUGCCAUCGCGCACCGGGUCGAGGCGGAAAAUGGAAACGGUCAAGUCGGAGCUGGGGCUUGAGAUGGUGAAACCGAAGGUGUCCUUCCUGCAGCGCUUUACGGCCCUGAUGGAUGUCGGACUGCUGCGGGACCCCAUCUAUCUCAACAUCCUUUUCGGCCUGUCGAUCUUCUACGUGGCUGAGAUGAACUUCAAAAUGGUGACACCAUUCUUCAUGGCCAGCCUGGGCUUCGACAAGAGUGAGACGGCGUUCGUGCUAUCCGUGUCUGCGUUGACUGAUAUUGCGGCUCGUAUCAUCGUGCCACCGAUCGGUGAUCGGUUGAAGCUUCGCAAGCGCUACAUCUUCAUGGUGUCGCUCAUCUUUGUCGCUAUUUCGCGAUCGAUCGUCGCACAUCAGCAGACCUACAUCCAGGUGAUGACGUGGCUGUCGAUCACCGGGUUCUUCCGGGGGAUCGCCCUGGCUAACUUCACGCUCUGCGUCUCCGAGUACUCGUCCCUGGAGAAGCUACCAGCUGCUUUUGGGUGGCACAUGGUAGGCAAGGGCGUGUUUGUGAUCCUGUUCGGACCGCUAAUUGGGGCGAUCCGCGACUGGACCGACAGUUACGCGAUCUGCAUUCAUUCGCAAUCGUUCUGCAUUUUCCUGUGCAUAGCCGCCUGGUCAGUGGAGCUGCUGCUCAAGCGGUGCCGCCCGAAGAAAAUCACCGAGGCUAUCCCUUCGCCCAAUCCGGCCGUCUAGCAGGACGCACGCAGGACGCGUAGUGGCGAGAGUAGCCAUCCUCCGAGUCUCUCGCUAGCACCGUGGUCGUAUCUUAAUUCCGAAGACUGCGAUAAUAGGAUUAACAAGCGGGGUAGUAGGUAGCGGAUAAUGCUCCAACCGAGGGCCCUGGCUAGUCGCCCCCUUACCAGCAGCGUACGCAUAUACGUAGGAUGUUUUCUAACUCUUUAGCACACAGUAUUAGGGUGUCGUGACGCAACAGCGAAAAUAUCUUGGAUCCGGCUGAGCAUUGAGACAAUUGACAUUUAGAACGAAGCUGCACAUGAAUCAGCCGUAAUAGUAGAAUUAGACAGUGAGAUAUAUAUAUAUACAGAGAGAGAGAGAGAGAGAGAGAGAGAGAGCGACAAGCACUCACACGGGGCGAAAUCUGGAACGAAAGAGAGGGUGAGACGUAGCUUUUAUGUGAAAUAAACCGAGUAUUUUU